AUGUGUAAUCCACGAUUCCAGAACGGCAGAUGCAAGAAUUAAUGUAUUUUUUCCCAUAAAAAGGGUGUUAUUUCGUAUUAUCAAAGUUCAGACAUGGCUAAAACUGAGCAGGUGUUGUUGCUGGAACCUCCAACAGAAUUACGUUUCAAAGGUCCCUUCACAGAUGUUAUAUCUGCUGAUUUAAAGUUAACAAACCCAUCAGAUAAAAGAGUAUGUUUCAAAGUGAAAACUACAGCUCCCAAGAGAUACUGUGUCAGACCAAACAGUGGUAUUUUAGAACCAAAAGCGAGCAUUACAGUGGCUGUUAUGUUACAACCAUUUGAAUAUGAUGCCACAGAGAAGUCAAAUAAGCAUAAGUUUAUGGUACAAACAUUAUUUGCUCCUGAAGGACCUAUAAAUCAAGAACAGUUGUGGAAAGAAGUAUCUCCAGAAAAUUUAAUGGAUUCAAAACUGAAAUGUGUAUUUGAGAUGCCUGAAUCAGAAGUACCAGAAUCUAAAAUACCAAGACCUGUUGAAACAGCAGUGAAGCCAUCGGGAAGUGAUAGUGAUGUAAAGAAAUUAAUGGAAGAUUUUAAGAAAUUACAAACUGAGAUAAGUCAACUAAAGACAGAAAAUAAUCAGUUAAAGGAGGAUGGGGUACGUCUUCGAAAGGUUGCUGUAUCAGAAACAGUGCACUCAACACCUAUUUCAACAACACCUACAAAAUCAACACAAGCUACAGGAUUGGUGCUGCCACCUAUGGUUUAUUUAAUUGCAGCUCUAAUAUUAGGUUUACUUAUUGGUAAACUUGUUCUUUAAUCUUCAAUCCAUUAUAAUUAGCAUAUUCUACUAAGGGAGUUAAUAUAUGUGUAGACUUGAGAGUCGCUUCCCUUUUAAGAAUUAGGGACUAAAUGAAGAAGUGUAUAAGACUGCAAGGUAGUUUAUGAAAAGAGUCAUAUUUGAAUAUUUCCAGAAUGCUGUAAACACCAAAUUUUUCACGAAAUCAAGAUUAAAAUUAGAUUUUUUACCAUUUUCCCACAGAUACUGUCAUUAUCAGAAAGAAUUUUGAAAGGACUUUUUUAGAACAUCGUUGAAAAUGUCACCAAUCUUCAAUACAAAAUUUAUUUUCUGAUCACUAUUAUUUUGAUAACUGCUUUAUGUAUUUUGCUUUAAAUUAAGUUCCAAUAGUUCUAGAGGUCUUAAAACAAUUUGUGAGAAAGAGGCCUAUAUAGUAUUCACAACUUGGAUCAUGUAAUUUUAUUUUUUGAAAUACUUUUCUUUAAAACAUAUAAUUAUGUUCAAACAAGUUUUAUUGUUGAAUUAGACAAUUUCAACCAUUUCAAUAAAAUGUAAUAAAUAGUCUUUAAUACCGACUUCUUUAGUUUAUGUACACAAGUUGUCCAUUGGGCAUUAAAUUCUAAUUAUUUUAGUCAGACAGUUUGACAGCAUUCAUAAUUAUAAUUGGGAGACCUUUUUUGGCUUUUUAACUUUCUUCAUCUUUCAAUAUUCAAGUAAACAAUUAUAUAUUUAUUUUAUUUACAAAUAUUUUUAAUGAUAUUUAUUAUGAAUUUCUUGUCAAAUUAACAUUGUAAAUGUUCAAAUCUUUAUAAUUUAAGCUAAAUUUCUUUGGUUGCACUGUUUUCACAUAUUAUUUUUAUGUAUUAUUUACUAACACAAUGAAAUGGCUAUUUACUAAUUAAAUUGUACAUUUCAAUCUUUCCAAUUUGUUUUAUGGUGCUUUGAUUUUCUGUAUUAAGUGUACAAAUUUCUAAAAUUGUAAGCGAGACUGCACAUACAUUUUGCACAAUUGUCAUGCACCAAAAUAUUGAAAAACUUCUUCCAAAUGUUAUUUGGUUAUAAUCAAAAUAAGCAUGGUAAUAGUUAAUAUAGAUGUUCAGAAUGCUAGAGGUAGAUAUAUUAUAACUUAAUUUGACCUAUCCAUGAUAAAAAAGUAAGCUACUUUAGUCUUAGCUGCUGUAAAGCAUAUGCUCUUCAUUCUUGUUUUAAAUUCAAGUUAAAAAGGUGAAAAAUUGAGCUUGCUUUUCCUCUUAAACCAGUCCAUAGUGCAAUAAGAUUUAUGUAGUGCUUUUAUGGGAGAUAACUCAUAUAUGUCUUAGACAGGUCUUGUGUUUGAAAGAUUACUAUGUCAAAAGUCAAAUAAUUUCCACCGGUGGUUAUGUGCACAAAUUUCAAUUUGCCUGAUGUUCAUUGCUUUUGCUACUUCAUUGUAUUGAUGUACCGUAGUUUUUGCUAGUGCCAGCAUUCAGUAACAUAGUAAAUGGUUAUAUAUUUAAUGGUUAUUGAUAUUAUUAAGACUGCCGAAAUUGUUAAUAUUUCAACAUUUUGAUUUGGUACAUAUGAUAUACACAUACAUAUUAUGUAGAUAGAUGUUAUUAUUUUAGUUAUGUAUAUACUUUGUACAGGCUUAAUACAAAUCUAUCUCCCACUCUCUCCUCCCUAUUUUAAUCAAGUUUUCCCUCACUUUUUUUCUCCAAAGAAUUGCUAAUUUGAAUUUGUGAAUUUGAAGUCAGUAGAUGGAACCAUUAUUUCAUUAUGUUGAACCAAUCCAUGUAGUUUAUUUUGACAAUUUCAGUUGUGAAUAGAAAGAAAGUUGUGUAUAAUGAGAUGGAAUAAUAAAAAGUGAUUACUACAA